GUUGCAGCAGCAGUGAACAGCCUUUAUUUUGAAAGGGACCACGGGAAGUGUCCGCUCACAUGCACAGCGUGCACAGCUUGCUGACGCAGCAGCAGCAUCAUCAGCAGCAUCAUCAGCAGCAGCAGAGUCAGUAGAGUCUGCAGAGUCCCAUCACCAGAUCACACCCGACGGGGCUGCAGCGCACCGCACCGCACCGCACCGCUCCUCAGCAGCAUGACGCCCAGAUUCAACCCCGCAGUCUGAGGCGCACCGAGCACCUGCCUGCACGCGCACACACACACGGAGCCCUCGCACGCGCGCACGCACGGGGACGCGAAUAUUGCGGAGACCAGCGAGCCAAGAGAGAGAGAGAGAGAGAGAGAGAGAGAGAGACACACGGGAACACAGACCGACCCAGGCGAACUCCUCACCGCGCCGCGCCGCGCUGCAGGAUUGUGCGCUUUUCUCUCCUCCACUCCGCUGCUCCAGCAGAUCUAACGCUCUAAUCUCCACUGCGGAGUCGCUUCACCACCACGAAAAACAAGAUGUCAACGUCGGCCAAGGACAGCGGGCAUUACGCCAACUAUGUGGGACCGUACCGCCUGGAGAAGACGCUGGGGAAAGGACAGACAGGUCUGGUGAAGUUGGGCAUCCACUGUGUUACGUGUCAGAAAGUCGCCAUAAAGAUCGUCAACAGAGAAAAACUCAGCGAGUCGGUUCUUAUGAAGGUGGAGCGGGAGAUAGCCAUCCUGAAACUCAUAGAGCACCCCCACGUUUUAAAGCUGCAUGACGUCUACGAAAAUAAGAAAUACCUGUACCUGGUUCUAGAGCACGUGUCCGGGGGGGAACUGUUCGACUACCUGGUGAAAAAGGGCCGGCUAACGCCUAAAGAGGCCAGAAAGUUCUUCAGACAGAUCAUCUCAGCCCUGGACUUCUGCCACAGCCACUCCAUAUGCCACAGAGACUUGAAGCCUGAGAACUUGUUGUUAGAUGAGAAGAACAACAUCAGGAUAGCGGACUUCGGCAUGGCGUCUCUGCAGGUCGGGGACAGUCUGCUGGAGACCAGCUGUGGGUCUCCUCACUACGCCUGCCCAGAGGUGAUCAGGGGGGAGAAGUAUGACGGGAGAAAAGCCGAUGCGUGGAGCUGUGGAGUCAUCCUGUUUGCACUUUUAGUGGGUGCCCUGCCGUUCGACGACGACAACUUGAGGAAUCUCCUGGAGAAGGUGAAGCUGGGAGUUUUCCACAUGCCUCACUUCAUCCCUCCAGACUGUCAGAACCUGCUGCGCGGUAUGAUCGAGGUGGACGCCGGCAAGAGGCUCACGUUGGAGCAGAUACAGAAGCAUACGUGGUACCUAGCUGGAAAGAACGAGCCGGAGCCGGAGCAGCCCGUCCCCAGGAAGGUGGCCAUCAGGACGCUGGCAGCGGCCGAGGACAUCGACCCCGACGUCCUGGAGAGCAUGCACUCUCUGGGCUGCUUCAGAGACAAGGACAAGCUGACCAAAGACCUGCUGUCUGAAGAAGAAAACCAGGAAAAGAUGAUCUACUUCCUGCUGUUGGACCGCAAGGAGAGGUAUCCGAGCCACGAGGACCAGAACCUGCCGCCACGCAGCGAAAUAGCAGACCCACCCAGGAAGCGGGUGGACUCGCCCAUGCUGAGCCGUCACGGUAAGCGGAGACCGGAGAGGAAGUCCAUGGAGGUGCUGUGUGUCACGGAGGGAGGGUCCCCCGUACCGGUGAGACGAGCCAUCGACAUGGCGACGCACGGUCAGAGAUCGCGGUCGAUCAGCGGAGCGUCCUCUGGUCUGUCCACCAGUCCUCUCAGCAGUCCCAGGGUGACCCCCCACCCCUCCCCCAGAGGGAGUCCUCUCCCCACCCCCAAAGGCACCCCGGUGCACACGCCCAAGGACAGCCCGGCCGGCACGCCCAGCCCGACGCCGCCGCCCAGCCCCUCCAUCGGGGGCAUGCCCUGGAGGACACGCCUCAACUCCAUCAAGAACAGCUUCCUGGGCUCGCCGCGCUUCCACCGCAGGAAAAUGCAAGUUCCCACCCAGGAGGACAUGUCCAGUCUGACUCCAGACUCCUCUCCAGAACUGGCGAAGAAGUCGUGGUUCGGUAACUUCAUCAACCUGGAGAAAGAGGAGCAGAUCUUCAUCGUGAUCAGAGACAAACCGCUCAGCUCCAUAAAGGCAGACAUCGUCCACGCCUUCCUCUCCAUCCCCAGUCUGAGCCACAGCGUCAUCUCUCAGACCAGCUUCCGGGCGGAGUACAAGUCCACGGCCGGCCCGACGGUGUUCCAGAAGCCGGUGAAGUUCCAGGUGGACAUCACCUACACGGAGAGCACCAGCGCCACCAAGGACAACGGCAUCUACUCCGUCACCUUCACCCUGCUCUCAGGUCCCAGCCGGCGUUUCAAGCGCGUGGUGGAGACCAUCCAGGCCCAGCUGCUCAGCUCCGACCAGCCCGGCAUGCAGCCCCAGAUAUCUGGGAUCAUCCAUAAUAACUAUUACCCUCGGCGGCUCUUCGAGACCGGCCGACAGCGGCCCGCUCGCGGCCCGCCGCGCCAAGAGAAGAAAAGACAGAGGAACCCCUUCCUUUUCCCUCCCCCACUUCACUUCACUUUCCCCCCUCCCUCUUCGAGUCCCUUCUACCGGCCGCAUCAGUAGAGUCCACUUCACCCCACCAGACCAAACAUAGAGACAUCUCGAGGAGUUGUAAAAGAAAAAAAGCCUUAAGGACAGUGAUGUUUGUCUCCACACACAUCCCCCUCUCUCUCUCUUUCUUCUAAUUCUCCCACAUGUACAUAAAAACACACAUACUGUACGUACUCCUCAACACAAACUGCUCUGCGGGAUGUAAUGACUCGCUGACAAACAGGAAGCGGUUGGAAGAAGCGGAGACGGACAGACGGGCGGCCGGACGGAUGAACGCUGGCUGGAUUGUAAUUCUUUUUAAUGUCGUCUUUCUUUGUGAACGGCAUGGAUUUCUGUAAAAAAUGGGUAAAAGGUUGCCCAUUAAAGUAUAGACAUGGUUGGGGGGGGGGAGGUGAUAUUACAUAAAUGAAUGAUCUAUUCUGUUGUAAGACGUAAAUAAUGUUCCGUAUGUACAAAA